AUGACCAUUGACCAUCUUGCAACGGAGCUUCUGCUCCACAUAUUUCGCUCCUGCGAUUCAUUAUCCGAUGUUUUGAACCUGGCUGCGAGCUGUCGUCGGCUUCAUCGCGUCUUCGACUCCACAAGCAAGCUCCAAAUCCUCGCCAGUACUGCGGAGAAUGAGUUCGGACCACUUGACGACAUCAUUCAAGUAGUUACGCAAAAUGAAAGCCAGCCAGCUCAUCACAUCCGACGUACCGCGAUGUCUGAUUCUCUGCUAAAGCAGGUGAUCAAGCUAGGAAUGGUGGCAAAGAAGUGGGAAACUAUAUUCCCCUUCAAAAAGUGGAAGUUGGACUAUGAGAAUCGCCGCUCACUCACCGACGAGGAGCGCUUACGGCUACGUCGAGCAGUGUACCGACUAUGGCUUUAUCAUCACGCUUUCCAUUCUCAUGCAUAUGACCGGCAUUCCCGCAGCUUGCGCCAUGUUGUGAUGGAGCGUGCUCAGCUUCUUCACAAUUGGUCCACCGAGGAAUUAGCAGAGAUUGAAGACCUGCGUCUUGUAAUGAAAGACAUUGUCCAGAACCACAUCUGUCCGAGUAACGGGACCAUUCAGCGCAAAUUCCGCAAGCGUUUCCCAACCAGCAAUCAGCAGCUGUCGUUCAACAUCCACCUCAAUUAUCCUGCGCCAUCAGCAUAUUUGUCCUCAAACGAUGACACUUUGGGUAACAAAAACCCAGGUGCAUCCUUUCAAGCGCAUUUCCACACUGCGCAUCCAGGCAGUCUCACAGGAUCUUCAGCUAAAUAUCGUUCUCGGUUCCGCAAUGACCUUUCGCAUGAUCCUGGGUACGAAGGCUGGGGUGACGAGAUUCCAAACUAUUAUGUUCUGCAGGACAUGCUGAAGCUUGACCCUGGUCAAAUAUUGUGGCUGCGGGACAAUGCUUUGUUGAAAGAGCAAGUGGAGGGGUACGUGUGGUCACUGGGUGAAUGGUUCCGUGACAAUGGCGAGACUUUCGCAGAUACGCUGGAGUAUGUCAUGAAUGAAAGGGGCCUUGAUGUCAGCGAAGUGAGGUAUGCUUUGGCAGAUCGGCAGAUAGGGAUUGUAUUGAACUAG